AUGAGUGAGGAUGAUGAGAAACGACCAGCAAAGAGACAGCGUUUCUUCACAGAUCCUCCAGAAUCGCCUUUACCGACUAAGGCCCGAGAAACGGACGCGUCCUUAUCUGGUCAUUGCCCGAAGAGCGAGGAACACCACGAUCCUCGGACGGAUCAUGACGCCACGCUAGAGCUCCGGUCUCUCGAACGCAUUCCCGAAAGCUCCCCUGGCUUGGAUAACGAGAUCGAGCAGCAGGAUACACAGAUCCGAACGGCUGGCCCGGAUUUACCUGCUGUAUCUAGUGCCUCACAGCCCCAGAAUGGCGCAGGCCGGCAGAAAAUAGAGGAAGUGACUACCAGUACCACCAUAUCACACACCGUUGCAGAUGGGUUUGAUGUCGACCUUUUUACCAGCAUUGUGGGGGAGCAGUUGUCCGCAGAUUCCAUCAGGACCAUCCAGUCGGCCGCUUCCAAUAACAUCGAACGGGCUGUCAACAUAUACUUCGACGGAUCGUGGAGGAAACCCGGGCGUUUAAGUGGCGGCGUUUCUGUCAGAAAUCGACAAACUCCUGUCCAGGUAAACCUUAGUCCUGAACUCCCGAUAGGCAGUGAAUCGGUUCUGCGAAAUCAGCCACCCGCACGAUAUGUUGGCGCCUUUGGUGUGGGAGGAUGGGCAACCAGGAGUGGCCUAGCAUUUCUCAAGCAUGGGGAUCCCGUAAAUAUUGAACGUGCACGCUCACAGCCAACAAUGAAACGUGGUCGAGGAGGCAAGGCAUUUGUCAACCAGAAAAGCGACGUUCUGACUCGAUUUACAAACACCUCGGGCCAAGAAAUUGGAAGGCUUCCGCACGAGACGGCUGAAUGGGUUUCUACGCUGAUUGAUCAGAAGAUCUGUCGGUUUGAAGGAGUCUGUGUGUUUGUACCCGAUAGGGUGCGAGUCAAUGAUACCAUAUACUUGCAACUUCGGGUUUACAUGCGCAAAGAAGCCUUCCAGAGUGGUGCGUUCGCUGCUUUGAAUGUUAAUGACAACAGGUCCACUGGACUGUUUGAAGAGAAAGAGAGCACCGAGGAAAAGACUCUACGACUGAGGCAAGUCGCUCUUGUAAAGCUGUUUCAGGAGAUCAAUCUCCAUCCUACGUCGACCAACCCCACCACAGAAAAGCACAAGAGAGAUGGCAUUUUGCGUGCCGCUGAAAUUGCAGAGCAAUACGACGGCAUGAAGAAAGAAAAGGACAAAUCCAAAUCAACCAAGGAUCCCAAUGAUUCAUCUGCAGAAGAGGAGACCGAAGAACUAGAAGAGGAUCAGCUCGACACGCUAUAUCGGAAGGCGCAGUCAUUUGAUUUCAACAUGCCAGCAGCAGAUCCAGCACCCACGUUCACGCUUAAUCUGCGUAAAUAUCAACAACAAGCUCUUCAUUGGAUGCUGUCAAAAGAGAGAGACUCCAAAGAUACCCGAGACAAGUCAAUGCAUCCUUUGUGGGAACAAUACACUUGGCCCAUAAAAGAUGUGGACGAUAAAGAGUUACCACAAGUUCAGAACAUUGACCACUUUUAUGUCAAUCCUUAUUCGGGAGACCUCAGUGUUGACUUCCCUGCUCAGGAGCAACAAUGCCGGGGCGGAAUCCUGGCUGAUGAAAUGGGACUUGGGAAAACUAUCGAGAUGCUCAGUCUGGUGCAUUCACACAGAGCUGAGCCGGAUCCGCAGAUUAUGAAUGGCCUUAGCUCUGUGAAUGACCUUGCCAGAAUGCCCAACUCUACUGGAGUGAUUCCCGCACCGUAUACCACUCUAGUCGUUGCACCUACAUCGCUAAUCUCCCAAUGGGAAAGCGAGGCACUUAAAGCGGGAACAUUGAGAGUUCUUGUUUACUAUGGGUCAGACAAGGCUGUCAAUUUGAGGGAUUUAUGUUGCGAAUCCAAAUAUGCAUCGGCUCCCCAGGUAAUUGUCACCAGCUAUGGUGUAGUCCUUUCAGAAUUCCGCCAGCUCGCCCUCCAAUCUGCCUUUGGGCCCAGUGCAAAUGGAGGCUUGUUCUCUGUAGAAUUCUUCCGCGUCAUACUCGAUGAGGCUCAUGUGAUCAAGAAUCGGCGUUCUAAAUCUGCUAGGUCAUGCUGUGAGUUGAAGGCAACCCAUCGAUGGGCACUGACUGGCACGCCGAUUGUCAAUCGUCUGGAGGAUCUCUUCAGUCUGGUGCGCUUCCUAAGAGUUGAACCAUGGAGCAAUUUUUCCUUUUGGAAGACGUUCAUCACCGUGCCGUUUGAAUCUAAAGAAUAUGUACGCGCCCUCAACGUCGUCCAAAGUGUACUGGAACCUCUUGUUCUUCGGCGAACCAAAUCGAUGAAAACUCCAGAAGGCGAGCCAUUAGUUCCCUUGCCCAAAAAGACAGUCACAAUUGAGGAGGUGGAGCUACCGAAGCGAGAACGGGAAAUUUACGACUGCAUAUUUACACGAGCGAAACGAACUUACAAUGACAAUGUCGAGGCUGGCACACUGUUGCAGUCUUACAGCACAAUCUUUGCACAAAUUCUCCGUCUUCGUCAGACCUGCUGUCAUCCCGUGAUGACCCGCAAUAAAGCCAUCGUCGCAGAUGAAGAGAAUGCGGCAAUGGCAGCUGAUGCUGCGAAUGAACUGAAAGACGAUAUGGAUCUUCAGGAAUUGAUCAAUCAAUUCACGACCGAAAAUAAGAAUGCCGACUCUCAAGAUACCCCCGGAACAAUGGUCAAGUUCACUACGCAUGCUCUCCGGCAGAUCCAGACUGAGUCAAGUGGCGAAUGCCCUAUCUGUUGCGAAGAGCCUAUGAUCGAUCCCGCGGUGACAGCGUGCUGGCACAGUGCGUGUAAGAAAUGUCUCGAAGAUUUCUUGCAACACCAAAUGAACAAAAACGUUGAGGCAAGAUGCUUCAAUUGCCGUGCUCCAGUGGAUGCAAAGAAUACAUUCGAAGUAGUACGACAUCCGGUCUCAACCUCGCUGUCCUUCGCAGAUGACAACGUGAGUAGCACGCCGCCAACCAGCUCUCAGCCUGCCCCACGGAUCUCCCUCCGUCGUAUAUACCCUCUCUCUCCUUCCGCUCACACUUCGGCCAAGAUCCAUGCCCUCAUCAAUCAUCUUGGACGCAUCCCUCCCAAUACCAAAUCCGUUGUCUUUUCCCAAUUUACGUCUUUCCUGGACCUUAUCGGUCCACAACUUUCCCGAGUCGGAAUCUCAUAUCUCCGCCUCGAUGGCUCGAUGCCCCAAAAGGCUCGCGCCGCUGUUCUAGCAGAGUUUACAAAAGCAGAAAGCUAUACCGACGAUGACAUUGUUGAUCCAGAGAUCGAUGCCCCCGGGAAAAGUGUACCUUCACCCAAAUCUGCACCUUCACCCUCUACACCAGCUCCUACAGUCCUACUCAUCUCUCUCCGCGCCGGUGGUGUGGGCCUCAACCUCACCACCGCAAGCAAUGUCUUCGUGAUGGAUCCUUGGUGGAGUUUCGCAAUCGAAGCACAGGCCAUCGACCGCGUCCACCGAAUGGGUCAAACACGCGAUGUCAAUGUGACGCGGUUCGUGGUGAAAGAUUCAAUCGAGGGCCGCAUGCUGCGCGUGCAAGAGCGUAAAAUGAAUAUUGCCGGCUCGCUGGGAUUGAAGAUCGGCGGUGAUGAUGGAGACGAUGAUAAGGGGAAGGAGAGACUUGCAGAGUUGAAAAUGUUGUUCGAGUGA